GGGGAUCUCCCGGGCAUCGCCGCGCGGAGCACUCCGGGGACGGACGGCGGACACCGCCAGGCGCGCCGCCUCGGCUCUCCGCGCGGAGCGGCGUGGCGGGGCGGGCGGGCGCCGGGGGAUGUUUCCUCCUUCGCCCGCCCCCCCUGUGAGGCGCGGCGCGGUGACGCGGCCCCGGGUCAGGGCUGAGGCGCGGCGGCACCGUGAGGCGCUGUCAGAGCCGCGCUGAGAGGGUCCGCCCAGCUCCGCACCGGGAUCCGCCGCCGCCGCUGCCAUGGAGCCCCAUCGCUGGCUGCCCCUGGAGGCCAACCCCGACGUCACGAAUCAGUUCCUGAAACAGUUGGGUAUACAUCCUGACUGGCAAUUUGUAGAUGUUUAUGGUAUGGAACCAGAACUGCUUAGCAUGGUGCCAAGACCUGUAUGUGCAGUACUACUUCUCUUUCCAAUAACAGAAAAGUAUGAAACCUUCAGAACAGAAGAAGAAGAGAGAAUAAAAGCUAAGGGACAAGAUGUCAAAUCAUCAGUGUAUUUCAUGAAGCAGACCAUUAACAAUGCUUGUGGAACAAUUGGGCUAAUUCAUGCUAUUGCAAACAACAGAGAUAAAAUGAACUUUGAAACUAAUUCUUCACUGAAAAAGUUCCUAGAAGAUUCAUUAUCUAUGACUCCUGAAGAGAGGGCCAAAUACCUAGAAACUUAUGAAGCCAUUCGUGUCACUCAUGAAUCCAGUGCCCAUGAAGGUCAGACUGAGGCACCAAGUAUAGAUGAAAAAGUAGACCUUCACUUUAUUGCAUUAGUUAAUGUAGGUGGUCAUCUCUAUGAAUUGGAUGGGCGCAAGCCAUUUCCAAUAAACCAUGGUGAAACCAGCGACGAUUCUUUUUUAGAGGAUGCAAUAGAAGUUUGCAAGAAAUUCAUGGAACGUGACCCGGAAGAAUUAAGAUUUAAUGCAAUUGCACUGUCUGCAGCUUAAAAGCCUUUUACAGUGAGGCAAUUCUAUUGCAAUGCAUUGUAAGAAUAAAACUGUUGCCAUAUGUUAAUAGUACAAAUUUUGAUACUUCCCUAACAUCUUGACUAAUUUUAGCAUACGUGGAAUAAACUUUGCAUUUGUCCUCGCUAUACUUUGCUGCUUGUUCCUACAGCAACUUUGGGUAUUUCUGUACAGGCAUGCAUUUUGUGUAAGAUUUCUAUGUGGUGGGUUUUUUCCCUUCCACCCCCUUAAAAGUUUUGGGAAUUACUGUGUGUGAUUUUUCCUCGUAAUAAUGAUGUGCUACUUCAGAGCAGGAUUAUCAUUUGUAUCAUGCACAGGUAACAUUCUGAGUGGAGUAUGUGGUAUGGUAAUGGCUGAAAACUUGGAGUAUGAGGCUAACUGCAUCUUCUAUUUAUAGAAGCACGAAUAUUAUGAGAACUUCUUCAGGUGACUCAAGUGAUAAAGACAUUUCUUUCAGUGCAUUAUUUAUAAAUAAGUAUAUGGAAGAAAAUAGGCCGGAAAAGGACUAAUCUUACUGUUGGUGAGCACUAACAUUUUAAAAUUAUCUUAAUGUUUACAUUUUGAAUAAAACUUCACUUUGUUUCUCAAGUCUAAUAAUGUUAAUAAAUUGUCAAAAAACUUUA